AUGGAGAAGAAUCUGGGCAUCCUACUUCUUGCUCUUGUUGCUGUUCUCGUGCUACUCUCCACCGACAGGCUUGCUGCGGCAUCGGACAGCCACUGCAGAAUGACCGAAGAAGGCCUGUUGGCAUGCCUGCCUUCCAUCACCGGCUCACGGCCUGUGAAUCCAUCUGUCAAGUGCUGCACCGCCCUCUCCAAGGCCGACCUGCGGUGCCUCUGUCACUAUAAGAACUCUCCCAUGCUGUCUCAGCUUGGGAUCAAGCCCCAGCUUGCCAUGCAGCUCCCGGCCAAGUGCAAGCUUAGAUUACCCAGACAAUGUAAAUGA